CCGGCCGCACCCCGGCGUCGCGACGUCAGUCGUCGUUCCAGCGUGGCUCAACAAGUACACGCGGCGCUGAGUGACGCGGAUUCAAAUUUCGAAAAACCGUGACGCGGCUCGGUCGUACGGCUGCCUGAAAAAUGCGUUAAACCCGCGGCGACGAGCGGAACAGAGUGCCGAUCGCGAGAGCGAAGAAGCCGUAGGGUCCUCGCGUUAUCCCCGGCGAUUAAUCAACAAGUCCACCUCAAGAUCGGCAAGAAGAGGAAGGGACGCACGAUGCGGUCCAAGGUGACGAACGAGGACACCUGGGAGAGCAAGUGGGCCGCGGAAUCGCCGCCGAGAGGCAGAGGCGUGCGACGGGCGGCGAGGAGAACGGAGCCGUCGGGCCUGAAGUUGUCGAAGCCCGGGAGGAGGGACACGGCGCGGGAGAGAACCCUCAGGAGGCUGGAGAGCAAUCAACGGGAGCGCAUGAGGAUGCACAGUCUGAACGAUGCUUUCCAGUCUCUGCGCGAGGUGAUUCCGCAUGUCACGAAGGAGAGACGGCUGUCGAAGAUCGAGACGCUGACCUUGGCGAAGAAUUACAUAGUGGCCCUCACGGACGUGAUAUGUGCCAUGACGAGCGUCUCCGAGGGCCGAGCCGGCUCGGACAACGAGCGAUUGGAAGCCGUUCGCGUCGACAUCGCCAACAGCAGAACCUGCGGAUGCUCCGAGACCCCGAACUUCUAUUCGCCGAGUGAGCAUUCACGAUGGGAGGACGAUCGUAAUAAUUGCACGGGUCUCUGAAAAGUCCAAAACGGCAUAUUAAUUAGGACAGGCCUCAACGAAUUGAGAUCUCUUCAACGAGCGGCAUCUCCACCUUGUCUUCCUUCACUUAAUCGUGCAUGUCCUUACGUUCAGAUCAGGUUAUCUCUUUCGGCGCUUCCGUGCGAGGCUUCGUCGUUACCAACGACGUGUAUCUCCGACUGACGUUGCGACCUAAGAGGAUCCUCAAUGUGUGCCAAAACGCAAUCUAGUAUUCGCGGUAACGAGCAAAGAAAAGAGUAAUAUAUAUAUAUAUGUAUAUUAACACCAAUUAAUAUAUGAAUAUAUAUUAUUUUAUUUCGUGUAGGGGCGUAGAUCUCAAAAUUAUGCGAGACGCAAAGAGAGAAGGGAAGAGAGAGACAGAGACAGAUAAUAUAAUUUUGAGAAACAUGAUUUUGCAGCACAAAUGUUUUGCGUUGCGCGCGAAGUGAUUUCCGAGAGUUGCAUAGCUGAUUUUCGUGUGCAUUCGCGAGCAACAUCAUGAAACAUUUAUAAAAUUUUAUUAAUUCGUCACACUCGUCAUGUACCUGUGUAUACCUGUGUAUACCUGUUACUAAGGUUCACAAGAGCAAAAACGGGCUAUAUAUAUAUAACUAUAUAAUAAAUAAAAUAU